GUGCGAGUCGUGUUGAGAGAGGUUGAUGUCCCCUGUUGGUGGUGUCUCCGCGGACGAUUACUUACUUAUCCGCUCGAGGCCCAGCUGUAUCCACCUUGAAGUUCGUCUAUCUUCGUUCUUUCAGAUCAGCUGAACCGGCUGAAAUCGCCAAUCGGGAGGACCAUCUCCCCCGAUGUAGUUGCAACACUGAGGACCACUAACAUUGAGACUGCACGCCCAAUCAACAUGAUACAACCACCGAGCAGCUCCUGAUCCGCUGCUCCUUUUGGUGAAAGAUUGACGUGGAAUCUAGCUGUUUCUGGACAACGACCUACAGCUAGUACACGACAAGAAAAUGAGCUUCGUCGAUAGCGAUGACUUCAAGGAACUUGUAUCGAAUGCAAGAUUUUUCUCUUUUUCCACCACAAAUUUGAGUCUUUAGAUGCUGGGAUGCUUAUCGACACUGAACGAUGAGUGUCGUUGACAUGAUCCUGCAAAAAUCUGUCUUCCCGAGCUGGGAUCAACAUAUUGGUCGGGAAAGAGAAUGCUUUGCUGUGCAUAGUUUUUCCUUAUGUUCGAUAAGGACAACGGGGGCAGUAUGGCGUUCUCAAGUGUUACAUUCUCAGCCGUUGCAUGAAUUUGCGACGCAAGAAUGGGAAAAGUUAAAGGGGGAAGCUGGCACCUGUAGCAUUACAAAUUACGCACAGACCACUUAGGCGCGGUUUAGCCCUUCGUAAAUUUGUCAUGCGGAGCAGCUUGAUCGUGAGGAUGAUGAUGGUACUUUUGCAUGACAGAUUCAUCUUCUAACAGACACUUGAGAAUGUAACGCUUGAGAUCUCCAUAGGCAGUAUCGACGAGCAGGAGUUCAUUUGAAUUGCAAAAGCAUCGUACACGUACUCGUAUAAAUGCAUUACAAAUUUCCUCAGCAUGAGAAAUAAAAUU